UUUGUCCUUUUGCCUGGACUUUAUCUUUCCUCCCCAUGUAACCGCUAUUGCUCCCUCCCUGAUGCCCUGGACCUAUAGCCCUGUUCCUCAGCAUCAUAGCAUUUCUGCUCUGUCUACACAGGCCUCCCCCUGCAUUUCUUCCUUCUGCCCUCCCUUGCUCUGUCCCAGGCAGCUGCCACCUCCCAUUUCCUGUCUAGGCCCUCUGUCUGUUUCUGCCUGGGUUAUUUUUCAGACUGACCCUUCUCUAGGUGGGUUUUGGGUGUGGUUGCUGAUCUUCCAACCCCCUUCCAUGGGGGCCUUUCUGGCCCCUCCAGAGUUCCACUUUGGCCUGUUUCCUUCUCCCCCUUCCUGUUGUGAAGCUGCAGCCAUUGCCUCUGGCUCCCAGUCUCUGCCAGGACUCUCCUGGUUGUGUGGGGCAGUGGUGAAGCAGGAGGUCUUGGACUGAGCUGGAAUCCCAGCCCUGUUCCUCUCCAUGUAGCCUCUUCACCUGGACUCACUCACAUGUAAACGAAAAAGAAAAGAAAUGAAAAAGAGGAAAAAAGAAAAAGAAAAAAUAAAAAGGAAAUUGUUUGAAAAUUUGAAAAGCAGUGGAACCGCUUUUCCCCGUGUGGCCCAAGAACCUCCCGGACUCCACUUUAUUCCUGGGGAUUCACCUUUCCCACCAGAGCACCACCAGGAUUUAUGAAGGGCUAUCACAUACCAGAUGAAAUACAAAGCAGGAGCUUUGAAGCCUGAGUAAUGGACCUUGGCAGCCCCAACUCAACUUGGCUUAAUUCAGCCUUACCGAACCAGAUCCCACUCUGCUCCCUGGACUUGCUGUAGCUCUCUGAUCCUGGAAUCCUCUUCAGUUCCAGCUAGAAUGCUGCAUCAGACACUUCGUAGAUUUGGUCAAAAACUGGUAUGCAAACUGAGGCUGAAGGAACCAGUGGCUGAGGAUGACCCACAGAGAACACUGAACACUCUGGAUUUAGUGGCCCUGGGUGUGGGCAGCACAGUGGGUGUAGGUGUGUAUGUCCUGGUUGGUGAGGUGGUCAGCAAUCAAGCAGGACCAUCUUUUGUGAUAUGCAUUUUGGUGGCUGGCCUAUCUUCUGUGUUGACUGGGCUGUGCUAUGCAGAGAUUAGUGCCCGUAUUUCCCAAUCUGGCUCUGCAUAUCUCUACAGCUUUGUCACUAUAGGUGAAAUCUGCGCCUUCAUCAGUGGCUGGAACCUCAUCCUCUCCUUUGUUGCUGAGAGAGCCAUUGUGUUCAGCACAUGGAUCUUAACUUUUGAGAACCUGCGUGGGAACCGCCUCUCUCAGACUGUGCAAGAGAGCAUCUCAGCACACGUUCCCCCUGUCCUUACAGAAUAUCUAGAAUUCUCUGCCCUGGGUUUUGUGUUGUUGUUCAUGGAAUUCAGGAAUAUUUGGUAUUUCAGGUCAUUUUCGACUUCCACACCUGCCAAAGUGGUCAUAUUGGUGAAACUUUUGGCUCUCAGCUUUGUCAUAACCUCUGGCUUCAUUAAGGGGGACCUGAACAACUGGAAGCUCACAGAAGCAGACUAUGUAAAGGCUGGACUCAAUGACACCUCUACACUGGGCCCUCUGGGCGAUGGAGGAUUUGUGCCUUUUGGCUUCAAGGGGAUUCUCCGUGGAGCAGCUACCUGUUACUAUGCAUUUAUAGGUUUUGACUAUAUUGUUACCAAAGUUGAAAACGCCCAGAAUCCCCAGUGUUCCAUCCCCAUGGGCAUUAUGGUUUCACUGUUCAUCUGCUUUUUGUUGUAUUUUGGUGUCUCUUCAGCACUUACGCUUAUGGUACCUUACUACCAGCUCCAACCUGGGAGCACCUUGCCUGAGGUAUUUCUCCAUAUUGGCUGGGUCCCUGCCUACUACGUGGUAGCUUUUGCAUUCCUGUGCAUUCUUUCUGCCAGUCUUUCACACUUUGUGAGGCCGAUACAUCGGGUAUUAUACAUGAUGGCAAAGGAUGGCCUCCUGUUCCGUUUCCUUAUCCAUAUCUCUUACUUCCAAUAUGCUGUUAUCAUGAACAUUGUGAUUGUUGGACCUAUUGCAGCCAUUAUAUUCUUCUUUGGAGUCACUGAUCUCUUGGACCUAAGUGCAGUUGGGUCACUGAUUUCUCGCUCCCUCGUUGCUCUUUGUGUUCUCAUCCUCAGGUACCAGCCUGAGGAAAAUGAAGCAGAGGUGCAAGAGGAGGAUGUAUCUGCAGCAGAGAAGCUGACUCUACAACGACUACUUUUUCCAGGCAGUCCCACCCCCACUCCACUCUCUGGCUGGGUUGUCCGUGUUUGCUCCUCACUGCUUGUUCUGCUGCUCACUCUUCUUUGCCUGGUGCUGACUCAGGGGCCAGUUCUGCUUUCUGGAGACCCAGUGUGGAUUUCAGUGGUUGUAGUGCUCCUGGUGCUCAUCACUGGGCUCACUGGGGUCAUCUGGAGACAGCCUCAGAUCUCCGGUUCCCUUCACUUUAAGGUCCCUGCUCUGCCUCUCCUCCCACUACUGAGCUUCUUUGUGAAUGUUUGCCUUAUGAUGCAGAUGACAGCUGCCACCUGGGUGUCAUUUGGUGUCUGGAUGCUGAUUGGGUUUGCUCUCUACUUCAGCUAUGGGAUCCAGUGCAGCUUGGUCGCUUAACUUCACUUAAGUUAGGGCCAAAACUGUAGACCUUGAACUCAGCAGUGUGUGUACACAUUUGGCUUGACAUCAUCACACCUGAAUGCAGUCUGGUCCCCCUGACCAACAAUGGAGAGUACUCUUUAAUACAUGGAAACGUAGGCCUCCCAUGGCAUAUUGGUGGGGGAAAGUUAAUAGAGU